AAAAACUUGAAGCCCGAAAUUUCACACGCACCCCGCCUCUCUGCUUCUCUCCCUCUCUUCUUCUCAACCAUUCUCUCUGUUUUGGCGGCACCGCACUGAGUUAUCGACUGCGGCGGCGAGUACGCGUUUCUCCCUGCAAGCGUUGCGAUGGGAGGCUCGCGAGCUCAAGUAAACAAGCAGCACAAGACGCGCUUCGCUUCAAAGUCAUCUCGCAAUCUCCACAAAACUUCAGAGAAGAGUAGGAUCGGUAAAACUGAGCGCAAUGUUGCCAAGGGAGCUCGGGCGGCUCGCGUUCAGCGGAGCAAGAUGCUUCGGGAGCAGAAGCGAGCGGCUCUUUUGAAAGAGAAGAGGGCUUCGAGUGGAUCAGCAAGUCCUCCCCGUGUCAUUGUUUUGUUCGGGCUUUCUGCUGAUGCGAACCUAAAUUCACUUGCUGAGGAUCUUUUAUCCUUGUUAUCUCCGCAAGGUUAUGAACCCACAUUUCCAACGGUUGCUUCUCCUGAGUACAAGCUGAGAACGACGGUACUGAAAGCACCUCAUGGUGAUCUUCCAACAUGUAUGGAAAUGGCCAAGGUUGCUGAUCUCAUCGCUUUUGUGGCAUCAGCGAGCUCUUCAUGUGAAGGAAGAACGUCUGACUACAUUGACUCGUUUGGAAGUCAAUGUCUUUCUGUUCUUAGGUCCCUUGGUUUACCGAGCACUGUGGUGCUAAUUCGUGAUCUACCUGCUGACAUGAAAAGAAGACAUGAUUCAAAGAAAAUAUGUACGUCUAGUCUUGCUUCUGAAUUUCCUGAGGAUUGUAAAUAUUAUCCAGCUGAUACAAAGGAUGAGUUGCACAAGUUCAUGUGGCUCUUUAAGGAACAAAGGCUUUCAAUUCCUUACUGGCGAAGUCAACGGGCUUACCUGAUGGCCCAGAAGGUUGAUGUGGUAGCAGAUGAUUCCAAUUUGGGAAAGUGCACCCUUCUCCUUACUGGAUAUAUACGUGCUCGCAGUCUUUCAGUGAACCAACUGGUUCAUGUUUCUGGGGGGGAUUUCCAGCUGUCCAAAAUGGAAAUUCUCAAGGAUCCAUUUCCUUUGAAUGCAAGAAAAGAGCAAGAUGUCAUGGACUCGGAUGAAGUGGGUGAUGCAGAGGUCCUUCGUUCUUUGGUUCCUGAUCCUAUGAAGCAGGAGGCUUUACUAGUUGAGAAUGUUCCUGAUCCCCUUGCAGGUGAACAGACAUGGCCAACAGAAGCAGAAAUGGCUGAGGCUGAACAAAGUCAGAAGCAAAAAAAGAAGAAAAAGAGAGCUCUUCCUCGAGGCACUUCAGAAUACCAGGCUGCUUGGAUUGUGGAUGAUACAGAUGAAGAGGAGUCAAGUACUGAUGAUGAAGCUGAUGGUAUGAUAUUGGAUGAGAGGGACAGUGGUUAUCCUGGUGAAGAUGACAAUAAUUAUUCAGAUGAGAGCGACGAUCAAGCUUCAAUAAGGGACUCUGAUGGAGAAACUGAUGUUGAUUCAGUGAUGAUGGAAGGUGAAAACUUGACCAAGGAACAGUUGGAGAAUGAGAUUCGAAAAAUAAAGCAAGCACACGCUGAUGAUGAGGAAUUUCCGGAUGAAGUGGAUACACCAUUAGAUAGUCCAGCAAGAAAACGUUUUGCAAAGUAUAGGGGACUGAAGUCCUUCAGGACCUCUUCGUGGGAUCCCAAAGAGUCUUUGCCUGCAGAGUAUGCCAGAAUCUUUGCAUUCGAUAAUUUUAACAGAACACAGAAAAAUGUUCUUGCUAAAGCUUUAGGAAUGGACCAAGAAAACAGUGAUGACUGUGCCACAGCAGGCUCAUAUGCAAGGCUGUAUAUCACAGAAGUGCCAACUAGUGUUGCUUCUAAAUUAUGUAUGCAUGCGAAGACAAUUCCUGUUGUAGCAUGUGGUCUUUUGCAGCAUGAGUCCAAGAUGUCUGUACUUCAUUUCAGCAUAAAGAAGCACGACACGUACAAUGCUCCUAUCAAAUCCAAGGACGAAUUAAUAUUUCAUGUUGGCUUUCGCCAAUUCAUUGCCAGGCCAAUAUAUUCAACUGACAACAUGAACUCAAACAAGCAUAAAAUGGAGAGGUUUCUACAUCCAGGACGUUUUUCCAUGGCUUCAAUUUAUGCUCCAAUCUCUUUUCCUCCACUUCCUUUGAUAGCUUUGAAGAGUUCUGAAGGGGUGGCCGCUCCACCUACAGUAGCUGCUGUUGGUGCACUGAAAUGCAUUGACCCUGACAGAAUUAUACUAAAGAAGAUUACUUUAACCGGUUACCCUCAACGAGUAUCAAAACUGAAAGCUUCUGUAAGAUACAUGUUCCAUAACCCAGAGGACGUUAAAUGGUUCAAGCCUGUUGAAGUCUGGACAAAAUGUGGUCGUCGUGGUCGCAUCAAGGAGCCUCUUGGUACACACGGGGCAUUGAAAUGCAUCUUCAACGGGGUCCUCCAGCAGAGUGACACCGUAUGCAUGAGUUUGUACAAGCGUGCGUAUCCCAAGUGGCCGGAACACCGCUUCCCAAUUCUCGAUGCUUGAAACGAUUGUGUGCGGGCGCGAGACACUCAUCCUUAGAGUGCUUCCCGAUUCUUGAUGCUUGAUAAGAUGGCGUCUCGGACGCGUGAAACUCUUUCUUCAGAGGCGGCUUCCAAGCGCAGAAGAAAGUCACGCGUCUUGUAUAUGGGAAUGAAGCUCUGGUUCAGAUUGUUGAUUCCAGUUUCCAGUUUUGCCUGCUCGGACACCCGAAGUCGCGGUUUCCAGUUUUGCCUGCUCGGACACCCGAAGUCGAGUGUCGAGGACGUAGUUGUAAAAUCACUGCUGCUUUUUUUCUUUGGACACUUUAGGAGAACAGAGAUUUGUUUUAGUGUUGUAUUGAUUCUCCAUUCUAAAUUUCCAAGUUAUACCAGUGUGCCCUUUUAUGUUAA